AUGAGCACCGUCAGCAGGAAGAGCCUUCCAUUGCCUGCGCCGACCGAGACCGACGAGACGACAACUCCCACGGAGCUGACCGCCGACCUUUCCAAGCUUGGCGAUGAGAAGUCGGGCUACUCCCUGCGAGACGACGGCAAUCCAGUCACCAUCCGCACCCGCGGCCAUAGAAGCCAUCGCUCCCAGACGUCGCUGCUGAUUGAAUACUUCGAGGGCAGCCGAACGGGCAGCUCCACCAGUCGCAAGCCAAGUGUGCGAGUGCGGCUCACUCCCUCCAGCUCCAAAAAGGGUAGAAGAGACCACAAUAUCCAAGUGACGGAGACAAAGUCUUCCCGCAAAGGCUCGCUCACUCGACGGAUCCCCCUGGAGGAUGAGAUUCCCUCUCGUGACCUUGAGAUACCCGGAGGAGUCGAUGACGGCCAUAGCAUGACGUCGUACGCUUCGGCCACUGAAGAAUCCACCGUCUCGCGCAAUCCCAUCGACAUAGAGAUCACCCAGGGUCAGCAACCGCAGCAGCGAAGACGUCGCCCUGCCAGCCCGCUGAUCCCGACGAGCGAGCGAGAGUCUUCUUUUCCACCCGGAAACGGAUCUGAGAUUUCUGCCAUCCCAACCGACAGCUUCUUGGAUGGCUCUGGCCCCGGAGGAGACCAAGGUUCCGGAGAGCACCUCGAGGAUGCUGUGGAGGAGCCGCGAGCCACCAAGACUCGAUCCAAAGAACGCUCCUCCAAGUCCUCAUCAGACAAGCCCAAGGAAAAAGGCGAGCGGAAGCGGCGAUCCAAGAGUCGCGCAAGUAGCAUCAGCGAGCUCCCGCCUGACGAUAACUACACUUCAUCGCGGCGUCGCUCCAGCCGAAGUCGCAACCCGGAAGGUCAUGUAUCGCACGUUUCGGCCGCCGACUCGAGUGUUCUGUCGUCCAACGUGGCCCCGAGCCAUCGUUCCAUGGACACCCGGUCUAUGCGCUCUGGGGCCUCCAAGUCCUCCAUCAACAACCCCAAGCUUCUUGAGACAGUCGAAGACGCCAUUAGACGACUGAUUUUGCCAGAAUUGAGUGCCCUCAAGCGAGAACAGAGCAAGCGUGAAGGCCGACGCGCCUCCUUCACCUCAACGGGCACGUCUGGCUCAAGAGAAGACAUCCUUCCAGACCGCAGGCGGUCCGCAAGUCAGCGACCCGAUUCGACCAGAGACAAGGACGCUCUCAAGGAGCACGCCAAGCCCAAGGAGAGACGGAACCGCGAGGCUCGCCACGACUACGACGACUUGUCGGUGCAUAGCCCCAGCCGGGAUUCCAUUGGCGCCGACUACCGCGUUCACGAUGACGGCGACACGCCAAAGAGAAGCGGCAACCUAGCCAAGGCCGCACUCGCCGCCGCGACCGGGGCGGCAGCUGCUUCGGCGCUGUCCAGCGCAACGGACGAUCAGUCUGAAGUGGGCGAAAAGAGACAUCGUGAGAGGCGUAGAAGGAGGACGGAGUCCCGAGUGAGGAGCCAGAGUCUAGGUCGUGAACGAUACGCAGAAGAAUACGACGAUGACGAAGAGCCUCCGCCAGCGCCGCCAAUGCCGCUCAUGAGCGAGAUCAACCCUUCGGAGAUGACAAGAACCUCCAUCUUGUCUGCAGAGUCUGACGGGCCUCAUUCGGCCACUGAAGAAAUUGCCCCGUUAGCUGACCAGCAGAGGGACAUCCCAUCGCCCUCGUCUACACCAACUCCUUCCAGGACGCCUACCGACGUACACCAAGCACUGGGCAGGAGUCACGCCAAUGUGUCUCACGGCGACUUGACUGCCCUGCCACGCGGUAAGAAAGAGUACAACCAGAAUGUGGAGUACGAAACGGACGACUUUGGCAACAAGAUUCCUGUCGUCCCGUACGACGGCUACGACGGAAGCCCUCGUGAUAUUGACCAGGGCGAUUAUCCAGACGACGGAUACGAAGAUGCCUACUACAACACGCAGGACGUUCCUCCUCCUCUCAAAUACGUUCCGUAUCAGGCGGGCGCUCGUGGCCUGAGCCCGAUCCCCAGCGUGUCUGGGUUCACCGAAGCUGAUGGCGAGACGCCCAACAGGAACUCCCGAGGCGACGCCUAUUCGUCCAUCAAGUCUCGUAACUCGAUGCAGUCCAUUGACUCUGUCGCCAGUGGCCUGAAGAACAGAGAUUUCGACGCCACUACAUCGGCUGAGGCUUCUCAGGUUGGGCAGACGGCUGCAGGAAAGCCGGUCCGUGGCAUUGCAGCCAACCCCAACAUCAUUCACCCCGCCAUUGCGGCCGAGUCUGCCGUCGCCUCUCUCAUCGAUGGGUCGAUGCUCGACCAAUCUGUCCUGACUGGCGUGUACAGCGGCGCCGGGGACUCCAACCUCUCGUAUGAUGAGCGAUCCAAGCUCCAGAGCAGCCGAGGUGUCAGCCCAGAUAAGCAUGCUGGCAUGGAGAAUCACGACUAUGAGGAUGAUCGGCAGCCAACUCCCGGUCAAUCCCAUGAGUACAUGGAGUACGAGCUUGAUGAGAAUGGUCGCAAGGUAGCUCGCACCAAGUACCACCAGUCCCCCACCUCCUCCGAAGCUGCCAUCACUGCUGGCGCCGUUGGUGCUGCCGCUGCCGCCUUGAAGGCGGCCCAGGAAAGGAAGCAGGCCACUGUCGAAGAUGCUGCCGAAGGCGACUUUGAGCCAGCCGGAGUGUUCCGCAACAAGUCGUUCAAGGAGCGGGCCAUGGAGGGCUGGAAGCCGCGCAACACUCCCACUCACAGCCUAGACCGGCUAGACUACGAAGCCGCGCCUCGGAUGGAGGCCAGCAGUGUUCCUGAGCACGAAGACCCCAUGCCUGAGAUUGGCUACAUGGACGACGACCUGCUGACCAACCCAUCGAUCCUGCAAGAUGAGCCUGGCCCCGGCCAGUGGUCCGGAAAGGCCACUCCUACAGAGUAUGGACAAGUCAUUUUCAAGUCCCAGUCUGACGAGGACAUGCGAGAUGCUCAUCUCGACGACGAGGCUGCCCUCAGCAAGCAGCCAAGCCAGGAGGACGAGUGGCGGAGGACGUCGGCCGAGCGGAAGCGCGACACUCUGCUCACCAACCCGUACGAGGAUGCCAGCCCGAUCGUGAACCCCGCGCUCAACGACAAUCUCCUUGCCUCUCGUGGUCUCGGUUUCAGCACGGGCAGCCCUGGAUACAAGUACGAUGAGGGAUACAUGUCCAACGGACCCAACCGAACGCCAGAGGUCGAGCCCAAGGGCAAGGCAGUCCGCAUGCCUGGUGGUCCAUCAAACUACAUGGGCGGCGGUCAGGAUCCAUUCUACGGGCAGGACAACAACCGCGCUCUCAGCGGCAUGUCUCAAGGCAUGGCCUCUCCGUUCUACGAUGCCUCCACGGGUGGCGGCAUUGAGCGUAUCGAAAACAAGGAUAUUGUUGCCUUGAUGCAGCACCUCAUGGUUCGCGAUGCACAGCGAAGCGCCCGCGACACGGAGAUUGUCGCGUUGCUCAUGAAUGCCGCGAUUGAGAUGCGCAACUCCUUCCGGGAUCUGAAAGAGCUGGUUCAGGACACUGGCGAAGAUGUCAUCUUUGCCAACUCCGAAAACACUGAGAAGCUCCAAAAGGCCAUCAACGGGCCUCGACCUUACCCCGGCCCUCGGUCUGUGCAGAGCAACUCAGUCGCUGGGACCACCGCAGACGACAUCACGGUGAAGAAGAAGGCCCUGUGGAAACGAGCGCUCCAAGGCCUCAGUGCCAAGGGCACCAGUGAUCUCACUCGCAUCGAGGACAUGCUGAUGCAGCUCCUCGGAGAGGUGGACGUUCUCAAGACGCAGACGGCGCCGCCCAUCUCGGCCAGGGUCUCUACCAGCGGCGCAGGGCAGUCGUUUGACAAUCUCCAGCCAGAGGGGCAGUACGAGCACGACAAGGGCUAUGAGCCCGAGGGCAACUCCACCGCUAGCCACGGCAGCCAGUACCAAGGGCAGCGCGGAUUCUCGGACCAUCGCAUCGAUACGGUGCCCGAGCACGAAGAUGAGUACGAGUACGACCACCCCACGCCAACGGCAGAGCGCACCCAGGUGAUCUCUCCGCUGAGCGCCGGGGACCGUGAUGCGCAUCGCGGCGGGUCGCUUCCGCCAGAGGGCGCGCCGCAGGUCUCUGACCAGGGCUACGACCACCCGCACAGCGCCGACAACACGCCUCGCAGCGACAAGGGCAAGAAGGGCAAGUCGGGCAGCUCCAGCUGGUUCCCCAAGAUCUCCCGCUGGUCAGGGACGACGGCGUCCAGCGUGGGCAAGGCGUUGCGCGGCAACGGCAAAAAGGACGCCAAGGACGACGUGCUGCAGUCUCGGUCGGCGUCGAGCAUGGCCUCGCGCGACGACCUCUAUCCUCUCGACACGUAUGGCGACGACAGGUUCCACAAUGGGUAUAUGGAGGGGGGCCGCCUGGCGCCGCCGCACGAGAUUCUCGAAUCAUCAGCGCCCAUUGUGCCGACGAUUGCGACGCCGGAAGAUCCAAAGUACAAGGCUCACCGCAACUCGAUCAAUCUGAUGCACCCCCAGCCGAAGCAAGGGCAGACGGAACGAUUCCGAAACGCCCUGGAGUACUCUGCCCAAGACUUUGACGCGCCGGCAACGCCCAGGACCGCGGACUGGGGUGGCUCCAUGAACAGCCUCAACCGCCUCAACGGUGCUGCAUCCGGGCGGUACGGCAAUGAGGGUGGCGAUUACUGGCCGGCAGCUCCUCCUCAGCAGCAGCAAAACACCGGCCCAGCUCGGCCGCCCAAGGAGCCCCUGAACGACUCGUCGGAGCAGACGCCGCCUCGGACCACACGAGUCUCGGCGCUGCAGAAGGGCAGCCCCCAGGGGCCCCAGGGCUACGAGAGUGGCUACGGCAGCGGCAGCGGCACGCACCCCAGCCAGUACAACAACAGCAUGAGCCCCAAGCCGGAAAACAAGAAUCUCAACGCCGCCCUUGGCGUGCCAUCGCGCAGGCCUAGCGGUCCCCGGGCAAUGACACCCAAGAGCCCAGAGGAAGAUGCGGCCCGAGAGGACAGGCGAAGGAAGAGAGACACCUUUGGCAGCCUCAACAGCCACGUGAGCCAGGCCAGCCAAGAAACGGAUACGUUCUAG